AUGGUUAGAAAGAAAGUGAAGUUGGCUUUCAUGGAAAACAACACUAAGAGGAGAGUCUCAUAUAGAAAACGACAAGAGAGAUUCUUAACCAAGGCUCGUGAACUUAACACCCUUUGCGAUGUUGAAUUGGCUACCUUAGUCAAUAGCCCUUACCACAAUGAACCUAAGUUGUUUCCAAAUCAUGAAACUACUACUGGUAUCUUUACAAAGUUUAUCUAACUUCCAAAGGAGAAGAAAUAAAAAAACAUGAAAACACAAGAAAAGAUAACCAUGAAAAGGAACGAGAAAAUUAAGAAUGAACUUGAGAAGGUAAGGAAGGAAAACAUGAAAAUAGAGUAUGCAAACCAGAUGUAUGGAUUGUUGAAUGGUGAAGAGAUGCCCAAUAGUAGGCUUCCAGAAGAUCUCAACGAUCUCUGUUAUGUGAUCAAUAAAAACCUCAAGUUGAUAAAUGAUGGGAUCAAAGCAAAAACUCGUGAAGAAGGUUCUACAUCAAAUGCUCCUCAACCUAUUGCUGGACCGAUGGAUUCUGGUGGGACCAGCUUCGACAUGUCAUGGGCUCCUCUUUUGUCCCCUGUUGAUGCUCCAGUACUAUCCAAGAUUCCUCUUUUGGUUCCAUCUACUCUACCUAGUGGGACCAACUUCAAGAGGGCAAGGGCUCAUCUUAAUUUGGUUCCUGAUGUAACUCCAAUAUCGAUGGUUCCUCUGACGGCUCCAUUGAUAGCUCUUUCAAGCGAUCCUGCUCAAGUACCUCAAUUAAUGUUCCCUUUGAGGACUCUUCCUCAAACGGAUCUUUCGCAGGUUCCUUCUUUGUUAUCUUCACAAAGGUAUCCUGAAAUGGUCUAUCCAAUGGCUUAUCUAAUGUCUUCACCAAUGCUUAUUCCUCCAAUGGCACCACAAAUAAACUCUUCGACGAAUAUCCCCUCAAUGAGUGCAUCAGUGCCAAUGGAGAACAAUGUUAAUGGCUCAUUUGCCAUUCCACGGAGUCCUUUAUUUUCUGAGUUGUUGAGCUUGAAUGAUGAUGAGAUAAUGACUUUACUUGAUGAUACAUCUUUCGACAUUCAUGUUCAAGAUCCAAAUAACCACCACAACAACUUAUAA